UUGACAGCGGUGUAAGGAAGCGCUGACCCAAAUAGUGAACAGCGAGCAACGACGACGUAUCCUAGCUCAAAGACAGAAACCGAAAUAUUUAAUACGACGAUUGGUUGCUCUCUAGUCUGCCAGGGCCAGGGGGAGUGUCAUGUUGAAGCUGCUCUUCCACAAAGUGCUGGUGUUGACCUGUCUUCACCAUUCACCUCACUGUACCUCCCUUCCAACGUAAGCUAACUCCAGCUGUUCUCAGUCUCCACCCUCUUCGUCCACUUGGCCCGGAGAAAGGUCUUUGGUCCUCCUGGAGAAUGUCCUAUGCAUAUCAGAACCUGUUCAGCUGGAGUCGACCUCGAUUGACACGACCACAUCAUCUCCUCUUCCUAUUACUGGGCUUCUUGUGCUACUUAGUUCCUCCCACAGGUGUAUCUGCCGAGAUCUGCCGGGUGACAGGGGGAGUGUUGGGGAUCCACUGGAGCAGUGUGGUUGGUUUAGGCUGGCGCCCCCUGGCUGUGGGGAGGAACAGCGCCAGAUGCUGGGAAUCAUGCUGCCUGGAGCCCGCCUGCAGUGCCGUGUGGAGCCUGGGGGGGCGCUGUGUGCUACUGAGCUGCUCCAACAGAGGGCUCUGUCAAGUCACGUCUCUACCCCAGCCCCACAUCGAGUCCCUGGGGCUCCUGCAGCAGCUUUCAAAGGGCACCACCACAGCUCGAAGGAGAAGGCAGAGGCGGGCACCAACAGGAAAGGGAAGUGGGUCGGACCAACUUUCUAGCACUCGGGUUUCCAAGGAUGCAGAGCGUCUAGCUCCAACAGUCGGCAUCACCAGCGGUGUAACCUUCCCUCAAGCAUCUGAUAAGAACCACAGUCAGCUAACCAAUGGAAGUGGAGAAGCUCCAUCACCCUCACAGCAGAACUCUACGUCAGAGGACACCAGAGACACAGCAUCUUCCAACAGCAGCUCUGUGCUUCCCACUACUGCUCCUACAAUCACUACAUCACCAACGCAGGCUGUGCGGGAAUUGGUGGUGUCGGCAGGCAAGAGUGUGGAGGUCACGCUGCCGCGCAACGAGGUGGAACUCAACGCCUUUGUGGUGCCAGCGCCCCAGCAAGGGACCGACUAUGUAUUUGACUGGCUCUUGAGAACUCAUCCCAAAGACUACAGUGGAGAGAUGGAGGGGAAACACAGCAAGACACUUAAACUCAGCAAGCUGACGGUGGGACUGUAUGAGUUUGAGGUGACCGUGGGCGGCGACGGAGCACACGGAGAGGGCUUUGUCAACGUAACAGUCAAACCAGAGCCGCGGAUAAACAAGCUGCCCGUCGCUGUGGUUUCCCCUAAGUUCCAGGAGAUCUCCUUGCCAACCAGCUCCACGGUGAUCGACGGCAGCCAGAGCACAGACGAUGACAAGGUGGUGGCGUGGCAUUGGGAGGAGGUGAAGGGCCCGCUGAGGGAGGAGAAGGUCUCUGCAGACACCCAAAUCCUCACCCUCACCGGCCUUGUCCCAGGGAACUACACAUUCAGUCUGACGGUUACGGACUCAAACGGGGCCCAGAGCUCCACCCAGGCCACGCUGUCGGUCAGCAAGGCCAUGGACUACCGGCCGGUGGCCAACGCCGGGCCCAACCAGGUCAUCACGCUACCGCGCAACGCUGUCACACUGCACGGCAACCAGAGCGCGGACGACCACGAGCCGCUGGCCUACGAGUGGUCGCUCAGCCCCGAGAGCAAGGGCAAGGUGGUGGAGAUGCAGGGCGUGCGGACUCCCACUCUGCAGCUAUCUGCCAUGCAGGAAGGAGACUACACCUUCCAGCUCACUGUCACAGACACAGCCGGACAGCAAGACACGGCACAGGUCACUGUUAUCGUCCAGCCAGAGAACAAUAAGCCCCCAGUAGCAGACCCCGGCCCAGAGAAGGAGCUGACCCUACCUGUGGACCGCACCACUCUGGAUGGCAGCAAGAGCACGGACGACCAGAAUAUCUCCACCUACCACUGGAAACAGAGCAAGGGCCCGGACGGAGUGAAGAUCGAGAACGCCGACGGCGCCGUUGCCACGGUGACGGGGCUGCAGGUGGGCGAGUACGAGUUCAGCCUGACCGUGACGGACGAGAGGGAUCUGGCGAGCACCGAAACGGUCACAGUCAUCGUCCGAGAGGAGUUGGACCAGCCCCCAGUAGCCCAUGUCCAGUCCAGGCCGGCCAUCUCUCUGCCCCUGCGGACUGCAGCCCUGGAUGGCUCCCACUCCACAGACGACAAGGGCGGAGUCGGCUACUUGUGGACCCGUGACGACAGUAGCCCUGCAGCAGGGGAUGUACUGAACAACUCUGACCACCAGGCGGUGCUGUUUCUCACUAACCUGGUGGAGGGAAAGUACAGCUUCACUUUGACUGUGACAGACAGCAAGGGUCAGAGCAGCUCAGACAGAGGGACUUUAGAGGUCAAACCAGACGUGUGGCAGCGUGACCUGGUGGAGCUGGUGCUGGAGGUGUCUGUGUCCCAGGUGUCCCACCGCCAGAGAGACAUGCUGCUCAGGCAGGUGGGCGUGCUGCUGGGCGUGCUUGACAGUGACAUCAUCGUACGGGAGGUCAGCGCCUUCAACGAGCACAGUACUCGUCUGGUGUUCUUGGUGUCUGGGGGUCCGGGUCGCCCCCCUCUGUCCGGUCACAGUGUGGCUCUGGGGCUGCGCAACAAACUACGCAAACAGAAGAACGACUUCCUCAUCUUCAAGGCACGGCGGGUGGACACAGUCAUCUGCCAGCUGAACUGCUCUAGUCACGGGGAUUGUGACUCAUUCACACGGACCUGCGUCUGCCACCCCUUCUGGAUGGAGAAUUUUAUCAAAGCACAGUUGUGGGACCAAGAAAGAAACUGUGAAUGGAGUGUGCUGUACGUAACCAUAGCAUCCUUCAUGAUUGUGGUUGUCAUCGCGACCGUUGUCUGGGGUAUGGUAUGUUGUUACCGCAGGCGUAAGGGUAAAGUGCGCCACAAGAGCAAAAGCCGCUAUAAGAUGCUUAAUGGCGAAGAGCAGGACAGCCUGGAGCUACACCCACCCCGAGCUGGCAGAAUGAAGCCAGCCCCCGCUCCCUCCUCCUCGGCCCUCAUGCACUCUGACUCUGACCUGGACAGUGACGACGGGCAGGGAGGGGUCCCGUGGACGGACCGGGAACGAGGACACCUCCUCCGACCCCAGAACGGAACCCUGAAAAACGGCCAGGGUCCCACCAGGAGUAAAAAGCAAAGAGAGGAGCAGCUAUAGCGACAGAGGGUGGGGGAAACCCUCACCACCCCCUCUCUCUCGCUCUUCUCCACCACACAAACCGUGCACCUCUCCACCCAUAGGACACUUAAGACACAUGGAUCCUGGAGAAUGAGAGAGUACUCUGUUGGACACGGGAUCAAGCUACACACCCCCGUAUUAAAAUGUCCCUGCGCCCACACUGAGCCAAGAUGGAGAUGAGGUUUAACCUUUGAGAAGGUCACUCCAUUUAAUGGAAAAAUGGGGGAGUUGAUAGGGUAACGAAUGUCAGGUUGAGCGCUGUUCACCCCUGAGACAUGAAUGUACCCCCCCUCACUUCUAGAAGGAAGAAACGGGAGACUGCUAGUCAAGGUGAUCCUGUUCCCUUCAGACAGGAACUUUACUCCAUUCCAAUGUCAUGUGAACCACAUGGAAACUGAGCCCGUCUCUCACACACACACACACAGAGUUCCUCUAAGACACACACCUCUUCCCAGGAUGCUUGACACAACACACUUCCAAGUACUGUUAGGCAAAACUCAACGCUGGCCAACUCCACUCUGACAUAGGUUACAAUAUGAUUGACAAGUGACUUGUCUAGAUGAAAACAAAUCUAGAUAUCUGUGCAUGAGACGGUACGGCUGCAGUCGUAUGUAUAUGUAUUAAUGUUUGAAUGGUGGUUAGGUCUGCAUGAGUUAUCCAUGUUGUGUGUGCCCGAAUGUGUCUAAAAUCAGAAUAUGCGUGCUUUUGGCCAUUUUGCCAAAACAUCUUGUUUCUGAAAAGGGUUAUGUGUUUGUUUGACACUUAACCAGCAUUGAGUCGAAACUGCUACUGCCAGCCAUGUUGGUCAGAGGAUCCUGGGAAAUGCUGUUUUACGAGAGCCAUGCCUCAUACUGUAUGAAUUCACUGGAUGACACACUGGACUACACAACAUUGACGCCCCUAACCACUAUGACUGUGUUCCUGGGAGUUGAUGAUGAUGAUGACACCAAUGACAACGCUUCCUACUCACUCCUCAGAUGACUGCUCGAGUCUGGAAGACCACUUAACAUCUUGUCUGUUUUUAAGAUUCCUUUUGAAUGAUUUAUUUUGAUUUUGAUGCACUUUGUUUUUCAUGCUCACCGUGGCAAUGUCUGCAUCUCCACUGCUCUCACAGGCUGCUAACUGAACAAGUGCUGAUCCACACAAUGAUUGGGAAUUUCUUCAGUUCAGCCGUAGAUUCGGAGUGGGACUCCAUUGCCCAGCAUGUACCUCCCUCCAAAUAUGAAUGGUGUUGUCACUUUGCAUGUAGGUUACUGUGAACCUGACCCUUCAUUCUGACUUUAGCUACUGUUUUGGUUGUUGAAUGUUUUUCAGAGGAAAGCCCCCAUCUAAUCAGAGGAACGCUCUGUGAAAUAAGCACUCAUGCUGUUUCUCCGUUGCACUAGUUGAGCACAUUUGAUAAAAGAUGGGUAGCGUUCAUUCUGGGACAUGGAGUCCACUGUGAAGGCAGACAGGGAUCAGCAACAAAAUGAAGGGAUUCUGUGUUAAUUAAGUUGUUUAAUAACAAUAUUGUUUUGUGAAGGAUUCCCCUCAAUAUGUGACCAGACCUGAUGAAACUGGAUUAUCAGUAAAUUAAAAUCAAAUGUUUUAAUUUGUCCACCUGUUUUUGUUGUUGUCAAGACUCCCAAAGUAUUUUAGGUUUAUGGCUAACCUAAAACAUCUGCAAAAGUCUUGUGACCUACCCUAAACAUAUCCUGUUUAUUCCCGUCACAACAAGUCUAAAUAAGCCUUUAGCGCUCUGACCCAGGAGAGACCAACUGUGACCCAUUUGAGAAAACAACACUAAUGCAGGGUUUCCCCAAACUGGGUGCACGUUUUGGUUUUUGCCCUUGCGCUACACGGCUGAUUUCAAAUAAUCAACUAAUCUUUAAGCUUUGAUCAUUUGAAUCAGCUGUUUUGAAUCAGUUUAGGGUCCCGAGGAUCGAGUUUGGGAAACGCUGCUGUAAUGGCAUACGCUACUACACAGCUAUCUAUUCUGUUGCCACUUACAGAUUUCAUUCUCUUUUAUGGCUGACCAUUACGGACUGUGGUUUCCCUUUAGUGCUCCAUAACACUAAUUGAUGAGAUAAAGCCAUCUUAGAUGAUGAUGGUCUCCAUUUAAUGUUAUUCAGCCUGCUUGACUUUGAUCUCUCUAUAGACUAGACCGGGUGCAGUGUGUAAGUCUGUUUAAUCACCUCACCACUAAGUGUUGACUUAACGGCUUUGAAUACCCAGUCAGUAAUGAGAUAGAGAUGAUCUAAUACUUUUGUAUACUUUUUAGCCAGUAGCUCUGAAAGUAGUGCACACUAGCACACAUCGGAGACCACUUUUGGCAUCACAACAUUGCUCACUCUGCUGCAUCUUGCUAGCUGUCACUCAAAUGGUGAGAGGCUGAAGCUCAUUAGCUAGAACUCAAAUUGCUAGGGGGCUGGUCCACGUUGGGGAAACGGCUAGGGAUUUCUUGGCAAAUUAAGGUAAAACAGUAAUUCUGCUCAGAGAUUAUGCAUGUAGGAACUCCACAUUGACACAUUCAACCCAGAGGUUUAGAGAAAAUGUUGAAAAUAAUUUUUAAGUAGCUGCCAAAAUUCCAGAGCAUGCAUGUCUUUAAAUCUAACUCACAUCAGAGAUUGAAUGACGGCCUAACAAACAUUGGUGCUUGAGAGUAUCAAUGCCACAGUCUGAUCACUGACUAAAUGGAUGGAUGGACGGACGGAUUUACAAUGAGUUAUUUGGAUGCAAGGGGAUUUGUAGACCAGUCAGUCUGCAUAGUCGCUAAUGCCAGUGGGGUAAAAAGUAGUUUUUGGGGGUAUUUGUACUUUACUAUUUAUAUUUUUGACAACUUUUACUUCGC